CGCACACAAACUUGAAGCAGACUUGAGAAGAACGGAGAAACAAUGAAGUCCUUCAUUGGGAGUUUGGUAUAUUGCCUCUCUCUUCUGCUGGUCGAUCUCUGUGAAUCCUAUGACUUUAACAAUCCAUCCCACAUUUUAGCACAAAGUUACGCACAAAGAAGAAAUCAUGCGCUUCCACACCGGACGCUGAACCCAGCAGCAACAGAUUCACAAUGUAGAAGCCGCCCACUGGACCUGGUCUUCAUCAUUGACAGCUCACGUAGCGUGCGUCCAGGUGAGUUUGAGAAGGUCAAGAUCUUCCUGGCUGACAUGGUGGACACUCUUGACGUUGGCCAUGAUGCCACACGUGUCGCAGUGGUGAACUAUGCCAGCACGGUCAAAAUUGAGUUCCUGCUGAAGAACCAUCUCACGAAGGACUCUAUAAAGCAAGCCAUCAACCGCAUCGAACCCCUCGCUGCGGGAACCAUGACUGGUAUGGCCAUCAAGAAAGCCAUGGAUGAAGCCUUCACAGAAAAGUCAGGAGCGCGGCCUAAAUCGAAGAACAUCUCAAAGGUUGCCAUCAUUGUCACCGACGGACGUCCUCAAGACCAAGUCGAGGAGGUGUCGGCUGCAGCACGAGCUUCGGGGGUUGAGAUUUAUGCAGUCGGAGUGGACAGGGCUGACAAGCAGUCACUGAAGCUCAUGGCCAGCAAUCCACUUGAGGACCAUGUGUUCUACGUGGAGACCUACGGUGUCAUUGAGAAGCUCACCUCGAAGUUCCGGGAGACAUUGUGCGGUAUGGACGCCUGUGCAAUGGGACAUGACUGUGAGCACAUAUGUGUCAGCAGUGGCUCCUCCUUUUACUGCAAGUGCCGGAAGGGCUAUAUUUUGAACGAAGACCAGAAAACAUGUUCCCUAAAACAGGUGAAAGUGGAGAUUGUUCAGGACCCCUGCAUGUGUGAGGCCCGACUGGCUUUCCAGAGGCUGACACAAACCUCCCUACAGGACCUCAACGCCAAACUUGCUGCUGUCAUAAGAAAGGUUGAACAAAUGGAAAACAUGCUGGGACACAUGUAACGGAGCAUUUCUUGGGGUCAACAUGUUCUGUGAACUUUCAGCGAUUGCUGGAGUGGAUAUGAAGCACUAGACAACAAGACGGCUUCUGUUUCAUCACUGAAGCUUCAUCACGGGCCACACUGAUACAUGAAUAGCUUUAAAACUGGAUCACAGUGGCUGAUGUUCAGAUGAUGUUUCUUAAACCACAUUUUGACCAAAAAAAAGAAUGUUAACCAUAUUCAAAUAGUAAUUAAUAUUAAUAAGAGAUUAAAUCACGCAUUAAUUGCUGGAAUGUAUGUAUAAUGAUGUUCUUUUGCUCCCCAGAAAUGGUUAAAAGAAAUCUCUUCAUUUAAAUAGACUAAAUUAUGCCACGUAUUGUAACCAAUUUUACUAAGGAUCAUUAUCAAAGG